ACCUGCGCGCGCUCCCGCACUCUCCCAUUCGAUCCGAACACACACACCCGGAAAAAACAGCUGAUGUAAUGGACAGGACGAGACACGGUAGAUAAAGACAGUCCUCCUCUCGACCUCCAGGCCUUUAGGACAUUCUCCCUUUUGCAUCUCUAGUCUCUCUCUCUGGUUGGUCUCUCCACCCCUCUGUGACCUGGGGAUGAACGCACCAAUGAGGAGCCUCACAAUCCACUCUCUGUAUAGCACAGCUAGCCCCAGCAUGCUAAAGAGGAAACAGAGCUCACGGGUCGAGGCCCAGCCCAUGACCGACUUUGGGCCGGACGAGACCCUGGCAGACAGCGCUGAUAUCUUCUGGAUCAACAAACCAUGGGUUCACUCACUGCUGCGGGCCUGUGCUAUCAUCAGCGUCAUUUCUGUGUGCAUGAACACCCCAAAGACGUUCGAACAUUACCCUCCGCUGCAGUAUGUGACCUUCACACUGGACACUCUGCUCAUGUUCCUCUACACAUCUGAGAUGAUCGCCAAGAUGCACAUCAGAGGAAUCAUCAAGGGGGAUAACUCCUAUGUGAAGGAUCGCUGGUGUAUGUUUGAUGGAUUCAUGGUCUUCUUCAUCUGGGUGUCCCUGGUCCUGCAGGUGUUUGAAAUAGCAGAUCUUGUGGAUCAGAUGUCUCCAUGGGGAAUGUUGAGGAUCCCCCGAGCGCUCAUUAUGAUCCGGGCCUUCAGGAUCUACUUUCGCUUUGAGCUUCCUCGCUCCCGCAUCACCAACAUACUCAAGCGAUCUGGGGAACAGAUCUGGAGUGUCUCCAUCUUCCUGCUGUUUUUUCUCCUGCUCUAUGGAAUUCUGGGUGUUCAAAUGUUUGGAACAUUCAACUUCCAUUGUGUCAUCAAUGGCACAGGAGAAGGUAAUGUGACCUGGAACAGCUUGGCCAUCCCAGACACCCAUUGUUCCCCCGAUGGAGAGGGCUACCAGUGUCCUCAUGGCUUUGAAUGCAAAGAUCUGGAGAAGCUGGGACUCAGCCGACAGGAGCUCGGUUAUAGUGGCUUCAAUGAACUAGGUACGAGUAUCUUCACUGUGUAUGAGGCUGCAUCACAGGAGGGCUGGGUGUUCCUCAUGUACAGAGCCAUUGACAGUUUCCCACGCUGGCGCUCCUACUUCUACUUUAUAACGCUCAUUUUCUUCUUGGCAUGGCUUGUCAAGAAUGUGUUCAUUGCAGUCAUCAUAGAGACAUUUGCUGAGAUAAGAGUGCAAUUUCAGCAGAUGUGGGGGUCAAGGAGCAGUACAACCUCCACGGCUACAACACAGACCAUUACAAACGGCUAG